AUGACUUUGAAUGAAGCCAGAGAGAUCAGGAAUAAAAACCCAGAAACAGUUAGCCUUGGCAACCUUGGCCUCGCCUAUCACCAUCUGAGUGAUUUCAAAAAAGUAAUCGAGUUUUAUCAGCUGGCUCUAAAAAUCGCAAAAGAUACUGGAAACAAAGAUCAAGAAGGAACUAGAUAUAACAACCUUAGCAGUGCCUAUCAGUCUCUCAGUGAGUUCAAAAAAGCAAUCGAGUUUUAUCAGCUGGCUCUAAAACUCGCAAAAGAUACUGGAAACAAAGAUCAAGAAGGAACUAUAUAUAACAACCUUGGCAGUGCCUAUCAGUCUCUCAGUGAGUUCAAAAAAGCAAUCGAGUUUUAUCAGCUGGCUCUAAAAAUCGCAAAAGAUACUGGAAACAAAGAUCAAGAAGUAACUAGAUAUAACAACCUUGGCAGUGCCUAUCAGUCUCUCAGUGAGUUCAAAAAGCAAUCGAGUUUUAUCAGCUGGCUCUAAAACUCGCAAAAGAUACUGGAAACAAAGAUGGAGAAGGAACUAUAUAUAACAACCUUGGCAGUGCCUAUCAGUCUCUCAGUGAGUUCAAAAAGCAAUGGAGUUUUAUCAGCUGGCUCUAAAAAUCGCAAAAGAUACUGGAAACAAAGAUCAAGAAGGAACUAGCUAUAACAACCUUGGCCUUGCCUAUAAGUCUCUCAGUGAUUUCAAAAAAGCAAUCGAGUUUUAUCAGCUGGCUCUAAAAAUCGCAAAAGAUAUUGGAAACAAAGAUCAAGAAGGAACUAUAUAUAACAACCUUGUCAGUGCCUAUCAGUCUCUCAGUGAGUUCAAAAAAGCAAUGGAGUUUUAUCAGCUGGCUCUAAAAAUCGCAAAAGAUACUGGAAACAAAGAUGAAGAAGCAGCUACAUAUAACAACCUUGGCAGUGCCUAUCAGUCUCUCAGUGAUUUCAAAAAAGCAAUCGAGUUUUAUCAGCUGGCUCUAAAAAUCGCAAAAGAUACUGGAAACAAAGAUGAAGAAGGAACUAUAUAUAACAACCUUGGCAGUGCCUAUCAGUCUCUCAGUGAGUUCAAAAAAGCAAUGGAGUUUUAUCAGCUGGCUCUAAAAAUCGCAAAAGAUACUGGAAACAAAGAUGGAGAAGGAACUAGAUAUAACAACCUUGGCAGUGCCUAUAAGUCUCUCAGUGAGUUCAAAAAAGCAAUCGAGUUUUAUCAGCUGGCUCUAAAAAUCGCAAACGAUACUGGAAACAAAGAUGGAGAAGGAGCUAUAUAUAACAACCUUGGCAAUGCCUAUCAGUCUCUCAGUGAGUUCCAAAAAGCAAUGGAGUUUAAUCAGCUGGCUCUAAGAAUCGCAAAAGAUACUGAAAACAAAUAUCAAGAAGCAGCUGUAUAUAACAGCCUUGGCGUCGUAAAUCAGUCUCUCGGUGAUUUUAAUAAAGCGAUCGAGCUUUAUGAGCGGAGUCUAAGAAUCCAAAAAGAUAUUGGGAUGAAAAAUGGAGGGGGACCUACAUAUAUAAACCUCGGCGAUGUCUAUAAGCGUCUCGGUAAUUCCAAAAGAGCGAUGGAAUUUUAUCAGCUAGCCACAAGUAUAGCAAAGGAGACUGGAAACAAAGAUGUUGAACAAGGCGGAUAUGAUAGACUUGCUCAAGUUCUUUGGUGUCUUGACAAGUACUCCAAAGCCGAGGAGUAUUUUAAAUCCUGUAUUGAACUGGUAGAAGAAAUGAGAGUCCUUCUUGAAGGAAACGACGAGUGGAAAAUCAGCUUUCGGAAUGAACGUGAUUGCUUUAGUCGUUUACUGAGACUACAGUUACAACAACGCACUGAACGUAAGACUCUCGAGGCCCUUUUAACAGGUGGGAGGGGACGAGCAGAAGCUCUUAUGGACCUCUUGGAAUCGCAAUAUGGUGUCAGGAAAUCGAUUCGUUCACAGCCGAAACAGCAGAUGGAACUUAUCAUUUCAAACCAUAUUUCGUCACCCACGUUAUUUCUAAUGAAUGAUACCCAGUCAGUGAAUAUCUGGAUGCUGUUAAAGUGGGGAAAGCUUUGUGACUUUGUGCAACAGGAAGUUUGCAGUGAUGACUUGACAUCAAUGACUUACCAAACAUAG